CUAGGCCCUGCCCCCCCAUCACAUUAGAAUACUGCCUAACAAGAACAAUCUGUGUGGAGCCAAGGAGCCCAGUCCUUUUCUGGGAAGCAAGGCAGCCAGAGAGGGAGGAGGGGAGGAAAGGAGAGGGGGAAGGAGGGAUUUGUCCCGAUGGCAAAGAACUUUACGUUUGAUUUUUUUCUGUGCCGAUCAGAGAAACCUCCAGUCUGAAAUCUGAAACUGUAGAAUUAUUGUUGGAGGAGGUGAGUCAGGCGCGUUUUCCCAUCCUCUCAGUUCAUUUUCCCAUCCAUUUUCCUCAAACUCAAAGCAUCCACAGUUCUAGAGGAGCCUUUUCUGUGUGUGACCACUUCUGUGGAUGGUCCUAUAGGAGAUGACGUUCCUCAUGGAACUUCAUCUGAUUGGUCUGUUGGUGACGCUGUGGUCCAGCAGCCCCAGUCUGGCCACACCCCUCCCUUUCAACAUUUCAUUGGAGGGAAGUGCAGAGGGGGAGGAGCUAGACAUCCUCAUUGACACGCCUUCCCCACCUGCCACCAGUGGCCCUGCCUCGGAGUCCUCAACCACCUCACAUGGCUCCACCCACGUAGAGCACUUCUUGCUCAGCCAAAUGGUUCACUUCCUGCAGGAUAACCUGUUCCUCAUCCUAGUUCUCUUCACACUCUUCAUCACUAUCUUCCUCAUCCUCUGCUGUGCUUACAUCAUGAGCCGCAAACGAAAGAUCAAUGCCUACUACCCCUCGUCCUUCCCCUCUAAGAUGUACGUGGACCAGAGGGACAAGACCGGAGGUACCAAGCUUUUCAAUGAGUUGCCAGAGAAACCCUCCAACCGGCAGCAGGCUGAGCCAGUCGACUCCAGCAAGAAGCUCCAUCAUGACAUCAUGAAGGCAGCCAGUGGGAAAAGAGGGAAAAGACCCCACACAGAUAUCUGCAGCAGCAGAGAAAAGUCAUGAGGUGAAUGUUCAGGCUGUGGGAGAAAUAAUAGAGAAAGACAAUCAGUCAUCAAAUCCACCAGAGCUGAGUGAGGAGGAGGUAUGCCAGCUCUCAGUCAAUGAAGCCCAACAUAGCAGCUGCCCUGAGCAGUCAGAAAUCCUUCCGGAACAGACAGGCCUAAAAAAGGAUGAUGAGUCAUUCACAUGAGCUGAGUCUCCAUCUGGCCAAGGGCACUCACAGGCUCAGCAUGAAAAGGACAGGCAAGAGGACUCCACUGUCACACCGUCUAUUCCGUUGAUCACUGGAGAGAAAACAGCACUUUUGCAGUGCUCUCGACACUGUGUUUGAUCUCAAUGGUUUGGACCAAUUUUGCAUGAGUGACAAUCUUUAAAGGCAAACCAGUCAGCUUUGUUUAGUGCUCUUUGGAUUUAACAAAUGUCUGUUCAGUUAUAUGUAAUCAUAUACUUGAUUUACUUCUGUUUCCCAGUAGCCAUCUUUCAAUGAGUCUCCCUAAAAGUACAACACUAUGUAACCUGCCAUCUUUCAAUGUGUCUCCCUAAAAGUACAACACUAUGUAACCUGCCAUCUUUCAAUGUCUCUCCGUAAAGGGUUAACACUAUGAAACCUGACCACACACCCCUAUAUAUGCUGUCUUGUUUGAUG